AUGACAACUACUCCACGAACUCCUACUGCUGGAAAGAAUAUCACGUUUAGCUUUACUAGUGUAUUACCGGACACUCUUACUUCAGAAUACAAUUUUGAGAUCGUAGUCACAAGUCUAUCUUAUUUAUUUCCCUUAUAUAAAUAUUCUCAGAAAAUCUGUAUUGGAAAUAACAAUUUGUGUCCAAUUCCUGCUGGAACAAGAGUUGAAGUAAUAAUAGAAAUUAUGCUCCCUGAAGAUCUUUACAUUCCAUCUCUUUUUAUUUUUCCUGAAAUUGUUAAUAAUUAUAACUGCCUUGGUUGUGCAUGUUAUUCGACUGAACCAGAGUCCGUCUUGUUUA